AUGGAAAAACAUUCAAUACGUAGUAAGACCAAACCUAAAUUAAGAACUCUUCCUGUAGUUGUCGCUAAAUCAGAUCCUCAUACACAUGUUCAACACAAGCAGAAAAUAGAGCAGAUGAAAAAAGUUAUUAGUAAAAAGACAGGAAUGAUUCUCUCCUUCCAGUUCUCUCUUUUCCUUCUGUUCAACAGCAACCUCAACAAGAUCAGCACAAAAAGAAAAAAGCAUAGCAUAGUUCAUUGUCAUCACACACAUCUUAUUCUAGAAAUCGUUUGCAGCUGGACAGAAGGUUGCAUGAGAGGCCAGAGCAAAAUUCGAACCAGCAACCAAAACGGCAACUGCGUUUUCAGCAACAACGUCAUCACCAACAACACCAUCAAAAUCUCAUGUAACAAGACAAAUGUCAGCCACAGCAGAACCGUUGACCACAUUAUCAGCGACAAAAGCAACAUCAUUACGAGAAACAAGUUCAACGCCAGCGAUAUCAGUACCAACCACCACAUCUUCAAAGAAGAGUGGAAAAAUCAAAUUCAACACAAAAAACAAACAUUUUUUGAUUUGAAUGGCUCCGCCUCUUCCGGGGGAGUAUUGUAG